UACGUAUCAAGAGGUCCACUCUCACGAUUGUGUUUGCUGGUUGCCAUUGUAUUGUUUGGAUACGAUGUCGUUGUUGGUACCGCGCUGACUGGAUCUUGGACAUCAUUCCGGCAAUGCGGUGGUCGUCGCGAGAGUUCACGGGACCAUGAAGUAUCUGAGUGGCGUCAAGGUGUCACGGUUGCAGGACUCAACGACAUUGGGAUGUUAGUGAAGGUAAGCUAUCACGUGGGUCAUGUCCCCUUUACGAAGAGCUUCUUGACCCCUCUGUUCGACGCAUAUGGUUGUCCUGUUAUCAGGGCAUCGCCUCUUCCUUAUAUAGAGUCUUGA